CAAAUAUUUCAAAUAGUAUUAUUUACAGAGAAACGGUUUGAAAAUUAAAAGUAGUUGGGACGGAUCCAUAAGUCAUUCCCUUAAACCCUCGUUACAUUUCGAACGUACACAACUCUGCAAUGACAAACGACGAUCAAUCAGAGCCGUCGAUCUCUGAAACUACUAAGCACUCGGUCGAUCUACGGCCGUCGAAAGUCGCCAAGAUAAACGACGUCGUUGAAGAGGAAGAGGAAGAGGAAGAGUCAACAAUGAAUCCUAAUCCUAAGCUACAGCGUUACCUUAUAGCAAUAGAGUACAUAGGAACUCGCUUUGCUGGUGCACAGCAACAACCUAAUUGCAGAACUGUCGUUGGUGUUCUUCAGGAAGCCUUCAAGAAGUUUGUUGGACAGCCAGUAUCAGUAUUUUGCUCGAGUCGAACUGAUGCUGGAGUACAUGCUUUAUCAAAUGUUUGCCAUGUAGAUGUCGAAAGGAUAAGCAAAAGGAAACCUGGUGAAGUGUUACCUCCUCAUGAACCUUUGGUGGUAAAAAGAGCUGUGAACCACUUUUUACAGAAGAAUGAGGGUGAUAUAAUGGUUAUUGAUGUUCGGCGUGUUCCACCCGAUUUUCAUGCCAGAUACAAAGCUCAAGAACGCACGUACUUCUACCGCUUGUUUUCUGGGCCGGAGCCAGUAUCAAGCUUUGAGAGAGACCGGGCUUGGCAUGUGCCUGAGAAUCUGGAUCUUCUUGCCAUGCAGAAGGCAUGCAACAUUCUUGUUGGACGUCAUGACUUCAGUUCUUUCAGAGCAGCUGCUUGUCAGGCCAACUCGCCCAUCAGAACUCUGGAAGAACUUAAUGUUACUGAGGUCGUUUCAACUCCUUAUUUUCCAUCGGUCUCAGAGAGACUAAAGGGCAGUAGAGUGAUGGAGGAUACAACGGUAUCCUUGGGUUCAGACACCAACCAGUCCCAUAUAUCUUUGAACGCCAAUGAAGAGAAGUCGGAAGGUUCAAAUGGUCAGGCUUGUCAAGAGUUUGGCCUUAGAAAAAGACACCGUUGCUUGGUGGUGACCGCAAGGGCACGAUCUUUUCUUUACCAUCAGGUUAGGCUGCUUGUUGGAGUCCUUAAAUCAGUUGGGGCUGGAGAUCUAACAGUUCCAGAUGUAAAACGCAUCCUUGAAGCAAAAUCCAUCACUGCAGCAAGUCCGAUGGCUCCUGCUUGUGGUCUUUAUCUUGGACACGUCAAAUAUGAUCUGCCUCCUGACACUUGUCAAAGCCAAUAAGAAGUAUUUCCUGGCGAACUAAUUUGGUGUUCUGUGAGCAUUUAUUUCUUGAUGGAAUGGCUUGAACAGCUUUGAUGCAUAUGGUGGAUUAUUUUAGUCCUUGAUGCAUCAUUUCAGAAGACGUAUCGUAGCAAAAUCCAUCACAGCAGCAAGACCGAUGGGUCCUUAUCUUUGACACUUCAAAUUUGAUCCGCCUCCUGAGACUUAUCAAAGCCAAUAAGAAGUAUUUCCCAACGAACUAGUUUGGUGGUCUUUGAGCAUGUAUUUCUUGAUCGAGCGGCUUGAGCAGCUUCUUGUUAACAACUAGUAGUACCAUUUUUAGCAUAUGGUGGAUGCAAGUAGUGGGUAUCAGUAGAUAUUUUGUUUUGUUGGGUUAUUGUGGAUCAGCUUUCAUGAACAUAUCAUGUAGGGAGUUAGAACAUAUCAUGGAUUUUAUAAUUGAUGGUUAGUCUUUGGAUACUGGUUGCGUGGGAUUACUGAUAUUCAUGAUGAUGAUGUCACCGUUAGGGUGAGAAAGGCUAACAUGUUGACUCUUUUACCGGUUGAUUGGAACGUCCAAGACGGAUAUGUUCCUUACUAUUCAGGUCAACGUAUAAAUUAUGAGCGAAGACAAUCCAAUAGAUGAAAAUAGUAGCAGCAACAACUUUAGUUACUGUCCCUUUUAAGCUCUAAAUUUUUACGCAUUGACCUAGAUGGCAAGGAACAUGUCUGUCUAGGACGUUCAAAUUAAUCGGUGAAAGAGUCAAUGUGUUAGCAUUCUCAACCAAACGUACAUAAUCAUUAUCUACAUGAUCACGAGUAUCAGUCAUCUUACUCAACCAGUGGCCAAAGACUACAUAAUCAUCAAUUUAAAAUCCAUAAUAUGUUCUAACUCCCUAGAUGAGAUAUUCGUGAAAGUUGAUCCACCAUAACCCAACUAAUCAAAAUAUCUAUUACUAGAACAGAUUUUGCUCUAGUAGGGUCUGGAUAGAAAAUAAAAGCAAUACUCUAGGAUGUGGUUCUGUGAUAGCCUGUUCAUUUUGUGCGCUUAGUUCAUUUCGCCUGUGCUUCCAGUUCACUUUAUGUAAUUCUGAAUUACAGGAAUCAGCCUGCUGAUAUCAUUUAUGCACUUAUGUCCUGUUAAUUUUACCUUU